GAUCUCCCGGGCAACGGGGAGGGCCUGGCACCGCUGCUGAGGCUGCUGCCCGCCAUGGAGCGAGGCGAAGGACCGCCCCGGGAGCCGCCGCCACCGGGGGCCGCGGCCGGGGACCCCUGGAAGGAGUGUGCGGAGGUGGCCGUGCAGCUGGCGCUCAGGGCGGGACAGAUUAUCAAGAAAGCCCUAACCGAGGAAAAACAUGUGUCCACGAAAACAUCAGCUGCAGAUCUAGUGACAGAAACAGAUCAUCUUGUAGAGGAUUUAAUUAUCUCAGAACUAAGGAAGAGGUAUCCCUCCCACAGGUUCAUCGCUGAAGAAUCUGCUGCCUCUGGCUCAAAAUGUGUCCUCACUGACAGCCCUACAUGGAUUAUUGAUCCUAUUGAUGGCACUUGCAACUUUGUACACAAGUUUCCAACAGUGGCAGUCAGCAUUGGAUUUGCAGUUAAACAAGAGCUUGAAUUUGGAGUGAUAUACCACUGCACUGAAGAGCGACUGUAUACUGGUAGAAGAGGCCAGGGAGCUUUUUGUAAUGAACAGCGGCUUCGAGUUUCCAGAGAAACAGAUCUCUCAAAGGCCUUGGUCUUAACAGAAAUCGGUCCCAAACGGGACCCUGCCACUCUGAAGUUGUUCCUCAGUAACAUGGAGAGGUUGCUCCACGCCAAAGCUCAUGGGGUUCGGGUGAUUGGAAGCUCGACCUUGGCUCUGUGCCACCUGGCAUCUGGUGCUGCAGAUGCCUACUACCAGUUUGGUUUGCACUGCUGGGACUUAGCGGCCGCUACGGUCAUCAUUAGAGAAGCGGGCGGUAUUGUGAUAGACACAUCAGGGGGACCCCUUGACCUCAUGUCCUGCAGAGUGGUUGCCGCAGGCACCAGAGAGAUGGCCAUGCUUAUAGCUCAGGAAAUACAGACUAUUAACUAUGGACGCGAUGAUGAGAACUGAAAGACGUGGAUAGCUGUUCAAUUCCAACCAUGAGGCUGCCUUUCUGGAAACACUGUACUCCGAGAUGGUUUCAUCAGAGUGCACAACUCGCUUAACAACUUGCUGUGAGUUAGGCAUUGUACAGUUCCUAACUACUCCACAAGAGAGACCUUUCAACUAAAGUGACCGGCGCCUUUUUCAAUCUGCAUCUAUUUCAGUGGGGGCGUGGUGUUUGGUUUUGGUUUAAUUAGUGGUUUGUCUCUUAAAACGCAAUCAUGAGUAGCAGUCAUACUCCAGUUCAGCAGGAGUUUUGCGUCUUUGGGACUGUACCAAAAGUCUCCUGUGACAUAUGCAAAGAUAAUUAAAUUUUAUUUUUUCAGAAAGCAGGAAUCAGGUAAUAAGCCUUAGAACUGCAGGAAGAGACAAGGUGGUUAAGGGUGUGCCUACAUCUCCUCAUGUUCCAAGGUACUUUAAAAUGCAAUAAAUAGCAGUGCUAUUCUUUUCUAACCA